AUGUUGAGUACUUUUAUUCGCUCCAGGUCUUAUGGGAUGCAUAUCCAGAGUUGUUUUUACAAUAUACAUGAAAUGACUGACUGUUUUAUAUUUGCUGUGGAAGAACAUGUAGAAAAGGGUGAGACUACAAUACUUAAUGUAGUACCUUCAUUUUGUCAGUGGGUUGUUGAUGGUGACAAGACCAAAAUUCGACUCUGGGAAAUUAUUGGAAAGACUUUCUCUUCGAUCUGGGCGUUGUCCACAUGCAAAUGUGGAAAAUGUGAAAAGAGUCAAAUCAACAUGUUAUGGCUCCUCCGCUUUUUAGUAUCUAGUGAAGUCUUUAAGAACUCUCUCUACUCUGAACCCAUAAAAAUUUUAUGCUUCGACUUCAUUAAGAACAGAAAUUUGUUUGUAAGAACAUGUUUAUUACUUGAACAAUUAAUUGACACUGAUGGAGUUGUUAUGACAUUUGAUGAUGAAUUCUGUCAGUUAUUGUCUUCAUUGGAUCUCGUGGACACUGGUGUAGCUCUGGGUAUUAUCAUAAAAACCUUAACCAAAAAGACUGAAAGAAAUAGAGAAGAUGCAAAGAACUUACUUAAAUAUGGAAUUGUGAACAAGAUAUUGAAGUUGUUGUCACUGUCCACUUAUAGUCUGGCUAUCAUCCAUUUACUUCAAAAUUCUUGCAUUUCAGAGAAAGAUGAAGCGGUCAAAAAGGUCAGGAACAACGUUGAGAAUGAAUCGAAGACAUAUCCAGAAGUUGAUUUAACAUUUACAACGACACAAGGAGUGCAUUCAGCAGAUGUAGUUUCAGAUGUACUCUUCUUUUUGAUGAUUUUGUUUGAUUUAAUUUCUCAAAAGAAAGCAAUCAAGCUUGUAAAGGAAAGUGAAAUGACUAUUGCGAUGAUCCAAUUACACGACUCAAUCGAUAUUGACUCCCUUCCAGAUGGAUACACCCCACUUUCACAACAUCCGUUACAUGCGCUUUUUGGACAAUAUAUUCACUUCAUCUCGAUGUUACCAAAAGAAGAUAUAAUGAAGAAUGGAAUGAUCGACAUAGCCAUGGACGACAUCUCACAAGCAAAAGAAUGUUUUAAAGCACCACUCUUUUCAUUUGUCGAAGCUGUAGUAAGGGAGUGUAAUUUACAAGAAAAGAUAUACAUUGGAAAAACAUGUGGAGCUAUUAAAAGCGCGAUAUCGAUGUUGUAUGGGAAGAUGAAUUGUGAUACACAUGUCAUCUUUGAUGCCCUCGGAUGUUUAAUUCGAAAGAAUGAAGAGAAUUCCAAAGAGCUGAUUGAGUGUAUUCCCGAAAGCUUUGACAAGUUUCUGAAGAGGUGUGAAAGAGAAUGUGUUUCGUCAUGUGUUCUUUUGAGAAGUCUUUUGCUCAACAUUUUAUUUGAUAAAAGCGGAGGAAAUGCGAUGCAACAAUACCAGAAGAUUGUGAAUGAGAUGAUGCCCAACAUAUUUAAACAGUUAGUCGAUCAUUUGAAGGCUAAUGGAGUUAACGGACACACCGCGUGUUGUUUGAAUACAAUCGUUCUUAUAUUGGGGAUUCAUCCCAAUGUCGAUCUUUUUAUACAAAACGUUAAUAACACGAAAAUAUAUUUUGAGGAAAUCAACAAGUUAGUUCAAACCUUUGAGAAGAGAUACACCAAAGACGACCAAAUAGAAGUUUUAUUAGAAAUCACAAUGACUACAAAAAAACUGUGGAUGGAUGCUGUGAAGUGUGUGAAAGAGGAAUAA